AUGUGCGGGCUACUAAGAGGGAAAGCCUUCAUUAGUGCAAUCAUUUUAGUAUACAUAAAUUUAAAACAUGUUUUAAAUAAAAAAAAAAAGAAUUACAUGUAUAUUAACGAUGCUACUUUAUUCAAACCAAACGGAAAGGAAACACAUAGACAGCCUUUGUACAUUCUUAAAUAUAAAAAGUAUACCAAGGAAAAAAAAAAAAAAAAAAUAUGUGUCGAUAAAUUAUUCGAGUCGAACAAUGAUAGACCAGAGAGGAAAUUUGAAUGCUAUGAAUUAAACAUAAGAAAUGAUAAAAAAUUUCCCAAGUAUGCAAAAAAACCAGUAAAUCCAAUGUCAAAUUUAUUUUAUUUUUCGCCUUUUAAGAAUAUUAUAAGUAGUUUUGAACCAGUCAACUAUAAUAUAAAAAAAAAAUUAAGAGAAGAUGGUUUUCAGUUUCAAAAUGAAAAAAGUGAUUCUAAUAUUUUCCCAUCCCUAGAUGAUAUUAUAAAAGAUGGGGAUCCAUCAACAAACAGGCAUUUCUACAGAAGAAAAAAAUUAAAAAGUAUAUUAUAUAGAGACCCAUUUAGGUUUGUUAAGGCAAAAAAAAUAGUCGAAAAAUAUAAUAAGAGAGCUCCACCAGAUAAACAAAUUAAUUACGAUAUGUUCAAGUGCGAUAUUUUUUAUGUGCACUCUGAUGGAACUAUAAUGAAUAUUGAGGAGAACAGGCCCCCAUGUGACAAAAAACUGGAGGAAAGCGAAAAGAACAAGGAGCCACGAUUUGUUGUAAUGGCAGCGCCAGGACAUGCCAAAAAACUGAACCUGAAGGUUGGUGAUAAAUUCCCUGCUAUUAAUGAAGAGGAGAAGAAAAAGGUGUUCGAUAAUCAUUUUGCCAUGCCUAAGAAAAUAAGAGACCCGUUGGUCCUACCUGAUGGAAGAAAAAUCCCGUAA